AUGAAGGCCUGCUUGGUGCGAGGGCUGGCCCUCUGCGUCCUGCUGGGACCUCUGGUGGGGGCCAAGCCAGUGCAGGAGGAGGAGGAGGGAGACCCCUAUGCGGAGCUGCCUGCCAUGCCCUACUGGCCUUUCUCCACCUCUGACUUCUGGAACUACGUGCAGUACUUCCAGACCCUGGGGGCCUACCCCCAACUUGAGGAUAUGGCCCGCACCUUCUUCGCUCACUUCCCCCUGGGGACCACGCUGGGCUUCCAUGUCCCCUACCAGCAGGACUGA